UUUGGCAGCUCUGUAGAACGCUGCAGAAUAUAAAAUAACAAUUCGCAAAUUGGCGAUACAAUGCAUACUUUUUAGAGAAGUUUUAAGUGUCUUAUUCAGCAACUAAAAGGUUUUGGCAGCUAAAAUUAUCACUGUGAACAUCGGAUAUAAUGAACUACGAAUACCUUCAGGAACAUUUAGAUCUCUCAACCUGCCGUUCGAUUUGCCGCUUAUGUUUGUGUACCAGCGGGAAAAUGGAAGACCUAUUUUUUAAUGAUGACGACGAUCAACUAAUUGAGAAAAUUGCCGAAUGCACGGCUAUUAAGAUGGCUCCUGCAAACGGUGUGAUUUCAUCUAUUUGUCAUACAUGUAAAACGAAUCUCUCGUCCUUUUAUCGGUUUCGUGAGCAGUGUAUAAGGAGUGAGGAAAUCUUUCAAAGUAAAACGGAUAAAAUGGAGAAAGAGACGAUCGAGGUAGUGCCGGAUAUAUUCAGUCUUCACAGCGAAGAUGAAAAUGAAACUAGUGAAAUUAAUCAGGACAACCCUUACGGUGAUAUGAACUUCGUAGAGGCCUUGAAUUCGAUCAUAAAAAUAGAGCAAACACAAAUGGAGGAACAGAACGAGCAGGAAGGUUCGGAAGACAACGUUGAAAAAGCCUAUACCUUAACCCCUGCCUCCAUAGACCUGAAAGCUUUAGUUAUUUAUGUAAAGGGCAAAAAACACUGGAAAUGUCCUCACUGUGAAAAAUUUUUCAAUCAAUCAGGCAACCUGAAAGCUCAUAUCAAUACUCACACCGGUUACAGGCCUUACACCUGCAAUCUCUGCAAGCGUUCGUUCGCCCAAAAAAGCAACCUUAAUUACCACAUGAAAGCCUCCCAUGAUCCGCAGCGCCCCUUCAAGUGCAACGCCUGUGACCGUGCAUUUGCCUCGAUGGAUCAAACGGUCACUCAUCUGAAGUUCAAGCAUACGAAUUCGGACGCAAAUCUGUCUCGAUCAUUGUCAGCAAAACGCCAUCACUGCCCCUACUGUGGAAAAGGAUUCUCCCAGAGUUUCAACCUGAAGUUGCACGUCAAUACUCAUACCGGCGAGCGGCCUUACAAGUGUGAUCUCUGUCCGAAAACAUUUACCCAGCGUAGCAAUUUAAACGUUCACAUUAACAAGUGUCACCGGGCGAAGAACCCUAGUCAGCAACAAGCGGUUCCACAGAAGGUUUAACAAGUUAAGCAGUCACGGAAAUUUUUUUCGUACCGAUGACACCACAGUAUUUUAGCCUCCUUGCAACACUUUUCUUAGGCUAAGCGUAGAUAAGUUGCACCUGCAUUUCUCUAGGUUUAUCGUAGGUACUGAAAUAUCAGUUUUAUUGAUGUGCGUGAAAGUUUUUAUCGAUAGAUUCUCAGGAACAUAAAAGUGAACAAAUUUUUCCUUAAGUAGGCCAUAGGAUUUGAUCUGAAAAUAGUGUUAUUGAUGAUACAUUCUUUUACCCACCAGGAACUUACAGAUUUGCUAUUCGUAGUAGAAUGUUUAACUUUUUCGUUAAUACUGCAAAAUAGUAACACCGUCUGUAUAUUCAGGAAAUUGGAUUUAUUUUGAACUAUCAAUUACCUAUCUCGAAUAUUUAGAGACAAUAAAAUGCUUGAAAGAAA